AUGGCGUUCGAGAGCCAGGCGGAUAAAAAGGCCCAGGUCGACCUGGGCUGGCUCGACGUAGGCGUAGGCGAAGCAGCGGUUGGGGGUCAUGUCGACAAAAGGCAUGUGAACCUCGAUGAAGCCAUUGUUGGACGAGGUGGACCCGGCAGCCAGGAGAGGGGACCCGUCGCCACCAAAGUGGAACGGGGUGGGCUCGCGCCUCGUGGCGGGGCGAGGAAUGCUCAGCCCAGAGCGCUCGUUGUCGAGGAAGCGGACCACCGGCGAACGGGUGCGGUCGCACCUCUCCGCAGCUGGGUGGCCAUCCCGCCCGGUGUCGACGGCAACGACGCUGGCCACCGUGGAGGCGCGGUCAGGGAAGAGGUCCAGGCGGAGAUCGCCGAGACGGCAAUGGUCGGCGGUGACAAUAAGGUUGGCGACAUUCUGGUUACGCGCAGCCGCCCGGAAGAUACCAGGGGUGACCUUGGCAACGGCGAAGUGGGCGGGGGAGCCGAGAACGCGAAAUUCAACGCAUUGGUGACCAUGGAGCGAGAAACCUCCCGCCCGUGGUCCUUGCAAGAGACCCAAAAGAUCGCGGCUUCAUCGGACUCGAAAGAGCGAGCAGCCGUGGAAUCAAGAUGGAGAGCAGAGAGGACGAGGUCGCGGAAGAGGGCACCUGGAGUGGUGAGGGUGGUCCAACCACCAGCUGGGAGGAGGUGCGAGUCGGGGGGAAGCAGGUCGCGCGGUGCCACCCUGUGCCGUCCCACCUUGGUGGGAUGGUCCGGUCCUGGGGUCGUAGUCAUCUCCCAGCCAGUUCCAUCGCGUCACGUCUUUCACCAGCCUACUGCUGCUGCCGCCAGUGCCUCGUUACCCGCCCGAUCGUUAGCGCUGAUGCAUGCUUCAGGAAGGAAAACUGAUGACUGA